UCUCCCUUGGAUCCAACCUGCUCAUGUUCUCAGUGCAGCACUUAUAUAAGGAUUCAGCGACACAUUCAGCACCCUGUCAAACAGUAACCCUGUCACUCCACCUGUCAGUACACCUGUCACUUCACCUGUUAGGUAACCCGUCAGAUUUGGGUUAAACCGGCACUUACAGACGUAAUCUGGCUCCAGGACCUGGAUCCUGUUUGAACAGUGUUCCCAUGACGUUAGCACACCUGACUGUAGAAACCUGUAGACCUGCAGGCUGACACACGCCGUCAGUCCAGGUGCAGAGUCCUCAGAGGCUGCUCGCGCGCACAGAGGGCAGAGACGAUGCCUCAGACCAAGAUGAAGCUGGUGGUGACUGGAGAUGACUUUGGUUACUGUCCCAGGAGGAACCAGGGCAUCGUGGACUGUUUCCAGGCCGGAGGACUUUCCAAUGUGUCCCUGCUGGUCAACGCUGCCGCCGCCAAAGAGGCUGCUGAUCUCGCUAAGAGACACAACAUCCCCAUCGGCCUCCAUGCCAACCUGUCAGAGGGCGUACCUGUGUGUGAGAGUCUGCAGACCGACUCCACGCUCAUCAACCACAGAGGCUUCCUCCACGGGAAGAUGGGCUUCAGACAGGCGCUGCAGAGAGGACAGCUCAGCAUGAAACAGGUGGAGCUGGAGCUCAGGGCUCAGGUGAGGCUGUUCACAGAGCUGACGGGUCACCUGCCUCACCACAUGGACGGACACCAGCACGUCCACGUCCUGCCAGGUGUCCGUGAGGUCUUUGCUCAGGUCCUGUCUGACCUCAGGAUCUUGUUCACCCGGGUCCCUGUGGAAGCAGGUUUACACGGAUGCACCUGGCUGCCCCCCAACCUGCACAGGUUCUACAAACAGGUGGAGCAGGACGCUCUGGACUCCAUCCCCGUCUUCACACGCUAUGGAAUCAGGUGGCCUGACACGUAUCUGGGACUGACCACCAUUGGACACAACAUGUCCGUGUCUAACCUGCAGAGGGCGCUCCGCCUGGCGCUGCCUGCAGCCCGCUCGGCCUCUUCGUCCGUUGAGGACUUGGACUCUGCAGUCACUGCAGAGCUCAUGGUUCACCCAGGCUACCCGUCUCUUCCCCAGCAGGGGGGGUGUGGAGAGGGACCCGACGACUUCUCCCAGUCAGCUGACAGACAGCACGAACUGAGCGUGCUCAGUGACCCCGCUCUACUGGACUUGUACAGGCAGGAGAGAGUGCAGCUGUGUGCCUUCAAAGACCUCUGACACCAGAAACAUGUAGAGAGGUUUUAAUGCACCUAAACCCGCAGACCAGGUCUGUGGAGGGACGGUUACAUAAGCACAACUUAGACCUUUAUAGACGUAAACCAGCAUGAUAAAACCGACCCGUCAGUCAGAUUAACAGAUUAACAGAAACAUGUCAGACUGCUUUAGAUUAAACACUCUCAGAGAGUGGACCUCAGGACCCCAGCCUUGUGUAGACCCUUCAGAAAGGCGUCCUCUGAUGGUGUGAGGAGAGAGAGGAGGUCUUUAAGCCAUACCUGGUUCUGCUGUAUUCACUCAGCUGAACCUGCUGCACUCCUACAGGCCCGUCCCUGUACAGAGUCCUGAUUCACCUGAGUUUAAAUGUUGUUUUGUUCCCUCAGACUGAAAUAACCCAGCACAGCACACUAACAUAACUGAGGUGACCGAAACACUACAGAGAGGGUCUAACAGGUCAGUAAGACCGCAAGACCACAAGACCACAAGACCACAAGACAGGCUGGAAACACAGCUUCAAAUCAGACUGACAGUGAACGGUUAAACCUUCACCCAUACACCAAUCACAGGUUAUCAGGUAGCUUUCCUCUUUAGACGUGUGUUUGAUUUUAAUGAAGGAUUAUCACUUUAAAGUGAAUCUCUCUCAAAGGCUCAGAAACUCAGAACUCUGAUAGUGAGAGUGAUACAUAUGCACCUGUGUGAGGGUCAGGAACAAACCCUCAUAAAAGAUCAACCUCCACAAAGAGUCACACCGCCUCACCUGUGUGACUUUGACCUAACCUGUGUGAAGUCUGACCUCACCUGUGUGGUGUUUGACUUCACCUGUGUGACUUUGACCUCCCCUGUAUGACUUUGACCACACGUGUAGCAUCUGACCUCACAUAUGUGAUGUCUGACCUCAUGUGUGACUUUGACCUCACAUAUGUGAUGUCUGACCUCACCUGUGUGGUGUUUGACUUCACCUGUGUGACUUUGACCUCACCUGUUUGAAGUCUGACCUCACCUGUGUGGUGUUUGACUUCACCUGUGUGACUUUGACCUCCCCUGUAUGACUUUGACCACACCUGUGUAGCAUCUGACCUCACAUAUGUGAUGUCUGACCUCAUAUGUGACUUUGACCUCACCUGUGUGAAGUCUGACCUCACCCGUGUGAAGUCUGACCUCACCUGUGUGACUUUGACCUCAACUGUGUGACGUUUGAGCUCACCCGUGUGACUUUGACCUCACCUGUUUGAAGUCUGACCUCACCUGUGUGAUGUCACUGAUGUCAGAUCAACAGGAUCAAAUUAAACCCAGGAGUGUUUGAGGUCAUCACCGGAUUUUAAGGUCACAGUGUAGUUUGAUACGGUUUUCAGUGAAGUUGUGUUUUGUAUGUGACUCUCUGAUGUCAUAUCCUGCUCUCUGUUUAACAGAGCAGGUGAGAUUAGAGGUGAGCAGAGGCGUAAUGUAGUCAAUGUGAUUCAGUGAGAGAUGAUGAUUGUCUCAGGUCUGUGUAACCUAUAAUCAACUGCCAAGUGUGUGUGUGUGUGUGUGUAUGUGUGUGUGUGUGUGUGUGUCUGCAGGUGAAUGAGUGUAACAUUGUAAUAACCUCUGACUGCACAGGAUGUUUGUUAUAUUUAUAGCUGCUCAUAUUUUUCUAUGAAGUUUCUGUAGAAGCUUUUCAUGUAUUGUAAUAUUUAAAAACAUGAAUCAGAACACUGAACUAAUAAAUGAUGUCAAGUUACA